AUGACACAAAGUUCCCAACAUGAAACUGACGAGGGAAUCGUGGAAUUGACGACCGUUGCAGACAGGCUUGUCCGCACGGCAGCACGGACGCAGUUUUACGCGAGCCACGGAUGGAAAUACACCAAAUCUCUUCGGGGAGAUGAUGGUCGUAUUGAAAACGCGCUGAAGGCGGCUGCGGCUAGCAAAAAUGCGCUAAAUCUUCGGGCGUUUCCUGACGGCGUAAGAGGAGAGGCUUUGGAUCUACUGGAGGAAGAGGAUGUGUCAGUACUUCACCAGAUCCCAGCUGGAACCUUCGUGGAGAUUCGGAGAGGGUCAUUGACGACCACUGGCAUUGUGAUCAGGAACGCUCUCAUCGAGGGUCGCAACUUUUCAGUGACGCUCACUAUCACCGGCCACGUCAUUGAGCACCCCGAAUCCGACGUUUUCUUUGAAAUCCCGAAAUUGGUGACAUAUUCACUAACACGGCGGGCUGGUGUUGGGGCCAUGCCCAGUAAUCGCACAGAAACUAGUGCCCGAGUGGAGAUAUUGAAGCAGCUCCGGGAUUUCGAACGUGAUGUUGCCAACGCCUACAGUGGCAUUCAGGCCACCAACCUCAAUCUAUACGACUUAGUAAGAUCGAAAGACCCGGAUGAAUGGUCGACGGUGACGGUGCCAGAGGCUGCCAAGCUUCUUCUGCCGCAACGGCGACAGACAGUGGCUUCCCUUUUCGCUAUGCACAGAUACCUCAUGAAGCAGUCGGAGGAAUUUGCGCCCCAAGUUUCGACUCACCGGCUUGCCCAAACCUUUGAUGUGCGACCGCUGUCGCACCUGGAAAAGCUGAGGGCCGUCAAACACAUGAUUCGCAGCGCUAGUCCUGCAAUUGGUGCGUUUGCUACAAAGGCACGGGGUAUCAUGGCUGUCAACCGGAAACGGAGGAUAGAGUCUUGGGACGAGCCUCCGAUGCGAACGCUUGCGAGCGACAUUAGCUACACAACAGAGGAUCGUUUAAUUAUUGACGUUCUACAGCACGCGUUGCGUCGUCACCGGGAUGUGGUAACGGAUCCGUAUGCUUUGAUCGUUGCUAGUGUUCUCAAGACACUGCAAGUCGAUGCGGAUGUGAUAGACACCGUGGUCUUGCGCGAGGUAUUAAUAGAUUUGGGCCACCUGGCACCUUGGGAGGACCUGGUUUCCCGGAGGAAAGAGUAUGAACUGGAUCAACUCCCCGCCGACGAGUCCCCCCGAGCCGCCGCUGAGAAUCUCAUCGUGAAACGCAACUUAACCGCACAUCACACUGCUGGAUCCUCUCAACCACUAGGCCCCGAAGAUUUUUACCCCCGAGACCCUGUGGAACAUCUGCGUCAUGACUUCGGGGACAUGCCCGUGUAUGUCGUGGAUGAUGUUGAUGCUGAAGAGCUAGAUGACGGACUCUCCAUUGAGGAGAUCCCGUCGGAGCCGGGUUCGGCUUGGAUACAUGUGCACGUCGCCGACCCCACUGCAGUCAUCCCACCAACGCACGUAUUUGCCCAGCAAGCGUACCAAAAGGGGAUGACGUGGUAUUUCACGCAUCGAACAUGGCCGAUGUUACCUACGUCCCUCACCAAUUCCAAGCUGAGCUUGGGUGCACAUUCCAAGUCGGGAGAGCCAGAGCCGGUGCUCACUUUCAGUUUCAAGAUCGACUCUGCAGACAACAUGGUUGAUUACCAAGUCCGACCCGGUUUUGUUCGGAAUCUUCAAAUAAUCGACUACGACAGCGUGGAUCGUCUCGCAGGAUUUCCCAAUCUCAAACCAGCCCAGCCAUUUGAUCUGGGAUGUCCACCAAACAUCACCACCGUUACGACAGAGCCAAUACAUGCUCAAAAUCUGCGUUUCCUCGCAGACACGAUUACGCGGCAUAGGCUACGCAACCUGAAGUUCAGCGACGCCUUUCUUGCGGUCAUCCCCUAUGCUAGAACCUCUACCGUUGAGAAGCCCCUUCAUGCCACUCCCCUUUGCUAUCCAAAACCCUUUCGCUUCACAGGGUUUCCGACCAUUAAAUAUCAGGUUCUGACGCAAAAAAUCCAAGAAGUCGGGUCUCGGAUGGUGGUCGCAGAGUGCAUGAAAGCGGCAUGUCGCGUGGCUUCUCGGUGGUUUUUGGACCGCGGCGUUCCGAUGCUCAGACGGAUUUCGAAGCCUCCUGUGUGCCUUAGUGAUCCAGAAGCAUUCUCCAAAAUUCUCGAAGCGCGGGAUUCGGACGGAUUCGUGGACUUUUACUUGGCCCAGAAAGCUAACCUUCAUAUACCUCCUGUGGAGCAUACUCUCGAUCCCGGCAUGCAUUGGAGUAUGGGCGUUCCGGAGGGGGAGGGCUAUAUCCGGGUCACAUCUCCACUACGGCGGUACAGUGACUUGGUCGCCCAUUGGCAAAUCAAGGAUGCUCUCCUACGUCCAGGUUCUAGUCCGUUAUUCUCGCGAGAAUGGCUGACUGGGUAUGGGCCUGAAAUCAAGGAGAAGGAGAGAGCAUUCAAGGAGGCAGAGCGUACUCACUAUGCGUAUUGGACCGCGUUGUACCUCAAACGAUAUACGGAGCACCCGCAUCCCGCUACGGAUCGCCCAAAUCCCUUGGAGCGGCUGACCGCGACCAUUCUCUCACACACGUAUGUGGAACGCCAAGGUGGCAGGGUUCGCACAAUGUGUCAUGUGCCUUCCCUGGGGAUAAAAGCAAUAGCCACACUGCCCCCUGGAACCAUGCCUGACAUCGGAGAUUCCCUGGACGUUCGCCUAGCCGACAUCCAAGUUGGGCUUAUGUCGAAAGUUCACGUACUUCCUAAGUAG